AUGAAGCCGCUAUCCGAGAAUUCGCUUCCAUACACUGAGAGCGACAAUUCGGCCCGAGAUACGCGUCACGGGCGUAACACCACUUCCUCUUCCAUCUCAUGUCAUUCGGAUCCUUUUGCGACUUCUGGAAUUGAGGUUGAGGAUGGUGUUCAGCUACGCGACUUCUCAUCUCCAGGCCCUGUCAUGUCUCGCUGUAUGAGCCCAGACCCGACCAGAUUUGUUGCUGAGCGCCCAUCACGACUCAACAAUGAGGACGCUGGCCUCGCUGUGCCAAAGAUCAAUGAGCCUUUAAGCGAUGACCAUGCCCAUUCCGAAUGGGAGACAGUCGCUGGAGAGGAUGCCUUUGAAAGCCAUGCCGAAUCUUCAACUCGGCCGCUGAAACGUCGAGGUAACUUCAAUUUUGGGAACAAACAGCAAGCCCAGUCUCAGCCGAAUCAGAACCUCUGGGUACCGCAAACGCACAACUUUGAGCUCGUCUCACCUGGAGACCCGUCCGUGCGAAAUGUGCCGAGAUCAGCUCCCCGUUUGCACUCGUUUCACUCCUCGUCCAGCUUCUACAGCGAAUCACCUCGCAACAAAGACCCAGACACUUGCGUCCCUUGCGAUCCCGAGGACUAUCCACAGAACAAUCAUAUGUACUCUCGUGCCUCAUCCGACAGUGAUGAGGACCCUUUCAAGUAUGACACAGAUGCAUACUCGGGCUUUCUACGUUCAUCGGCCGAGCGAGAAGUCAGUAAUGCGCUGCACCAAGCCGGCUUAGCCGUCUCCUCAAUGGAAACGCUCCCGCGAUCUGCUGAUGGAAGCUUUCCCCUCGCUUCACAGAGAAAUGUCGAUGAAGAGGUCAAAGUUCCUGUUCAUCGGGAGGAAAAAGCGAUCCGCCGUGUCCCCGUCCCUGAUAGACGACUACAAGGUGAAAUUGCUUCUCUUGUCAAGAAGCGACCUCUCACCGGCACGGAGGGUGAUUGGCAGACUGUCACGACCGAGCAUGCCUUCGACUCGAUGCAACAAGACUACCACGACAGCAUUGCAAAGGGGACUGGAAGCAGUGUCGCUGAUGUAUCCGACGUGACGGAGCGUGAACUUCAUCCUCGCUCUUACGGCUCAAGAGACAGAAUCAUUCGGCAUCCUCCUGGGAACAACAAGUGCGGCUCAUACCGCGUUCGCACCGACAGAGGAACGAAACUCCCCGUAUCUGUCCCGCAGUAUGGUGAAGGUCCUGGAACGUAUGCCUCAAAUACAACUCGCAACUUUUCCCAGGCCAAGUCACGAUUACCUGAAUCUGCCGCUCGCUUCUCCAAUCUGUUUCGCAGGGAGCCAUCUGAGCAGACACGGUUCCAGGAGUCCAACUCAGACAAGCCUGCCCACGUUCCUCAUGAUGAUUUCUUGUCCAAAAUUCCUCGUCUUCCGUUUCCUCUUGUCAGUCUUCCCGAGGCUGCGAUGCUGCAGCAGUUCAAACGACAGAGAGGUGAAGAGGAUCACAGUCAGAGUGCAGGCAAUUUUGGGGUUAGGGGAAGGUCGACCACGAUCAGCACUGAAAACUCUCCUCCUCUCCCAAAAACUCCUUCUCCUCCAAAGAGAAGUUUUUGGCCUUCGUCCACGAGUGGCGAUGUCACACGACCUGCCCGUAUUCUUCACCUUCAUCGACUGCCUCAGGCGCAUCGUCCCCGUAAUUCAAAUGACAGAGUCACUGAUAUGCUCGUCUCAUCCUCCGCUAUCCUCGACACUCCCCCUCCUACCGACCCAAAGUCAAGUACUCACCGUGUGUGGUAUCGAAACUUCCAGCCAAGCAUUUCAACAUGUCGCACUAGAGCACAUACUCCUGGAUUCUCCACCAGCGUCAAUAGUCGACGCGUCGGCCAUUGCCAGUCUGAGUUUGAUCCCAUCGCCGACAGCCCCUUCACUCAGAGGGAGGCUCGCCUUAUCGAAGAGGCCCGCGAGGAUAUUCGCAUCCAUCGCCAGCAUGCUGACAUGGUCGCCCAACGAGGAAAGCAAAUGUUCAUGUGGGUCAUGAUUCUCACUCUCUUCUUCCCUUUCAUCGGCCCUAUCGUGCUCUACGGCAAGCUCAACUCGACUAUAUCGUGGUACACCCACGGAGAAAUGCAGUGCCUUACCAAGGACCAGCGCGGUACUCUCAAGCAGCAACUUCUCGUUGAGGCUGUUGUCUAUCCCGCAAUCAUCAUCGCCCUUUCAGUGCACUACUCGAUUUGA